AUGUCUGUAAAUUGCCCGGUUUAUGCGCCAUUCUUUGGUGCUAUGGGAUGCACGUCUGCAAUCGUCUUCACUUGUUUCGGAGCUGCUUAUGGCACUGCCAAGUCUGGUGUCGGAAUUUGCGCGAUGGGUGUUCUCAGACCUGAUUUGAUUGUCAAGAACAUUGUACCAGUUAUCAUGGCUGGUAUUAUUGGUAUCUACGGUCUUGUCGUCUCGGUCUUGAUCUCAGAUGGUCUUAAGCAGCAAUUGCCUCUGUACACCGGUUUCAUUCAACUUGGUGCUGGUCUUAGUGUCGGCUUGGCCGGUCUGGCUGCCGGAUUUGCCAUCGGUAUUGUCGGUGACGCUGGUGUGCGAGGAACCGCACAGCAACCUAGACUUUUCGUUGGAAUGAUUCUUAUUCUUAUUUUCGCCGAAGUUUUGGGUCUUUACGGUCUCAUUGUCGCCCUUCUGAUGAACUCAAAAGCCACCUUGGACGUUUCAUGCUAG